UAGAAGCAGGAAGUAGAAGAAAAUCUACAGCAAAACAGAAACAAAUUGGAGCGAAAUUAUCUCUAUAAAUCGUUGUGAUUGAACAUGGACGGUCCGAAUUCAAAAUUAAUGAGUAACGAUUCACGCUGCGUGUUUUUUAAUACACAUUCAGAAGACUAUCGAUGCGCGGUGAUUUUAACAGUAAAACGAGCCACAGGAACCUUCUCCCUAGUAGGAUGUAUUUUCAUGCUGCUUGUGAUCUGGCUGCUUCGCAGGUAUCACUCUUUGGCUCAGAAGAUGAUUCUCAGCCUGACUGUAGCUGCCUUCUUUGACAGCGUAGCAUAUGUCAUGGGCGAGUCGCAUCCAGAAGGAGCGCUUUGUGACUUCCAGGCGUGGUGGCUAACGUACUUUGACUGGAGUGCCUUGGCCUGGGUUUGCCUCAUCACACUGAAUCUGUACCUCAACCUUGUCCGAGAAGUAAGCACCAACAGAUAUGAGAUGUUGUACCAUCUGAUGGCAUGGGGGGUGCCUCUGGUCAUGGCCUCUUUGCCACUGCUAAAGGGUUACUAUGGCCCCGCAGGAGCCUGGUGCUGGAUCACAGACGAUCACGUAGCCUGGAGAUUUGGGAUAUGGUACGUGCCUCUGUUCAGCCUCAUCUUCCUGAUGAUCUGCUGCUACGCCAGGAUCAUCUGCGUGGCCAACGAGAGGAUGCAGUCAUGGUUGGGAACCUUCAACCCAGAGAGAGAGAGGCGAAAGGUUUCUUUGGCAGAGGAGAUCAAGCCGUUGAAGUGGUAUCCCUCCGUUUACCUGCUGGUGUCUAUCUUCCCCCUCAUCAACAGGCUCCACAAUGCCUUCUACCCACAGGAUCCAUCCUUCUCUUUCACCCUGUUGCACGUCCUGUCAGCACCACUCCACGGCUUGGUGAACGCCUUCGUCUUUGGCCUGGAUAGGGAUUGGUGGAGCCUACUGAGCCCAACUGGCAUGCAGCUGGCUCUGCAGUCGCGGCUGUGUGACAGGACUCGGAUCGGAGAGUACCACCCCGGGGCGGUGCGCUACACACAGGCUGACCUGGUCGACCUCAGCGAUGACGACGACGAUGACACCAACGUACUCUUCUACUCUCCUGACAUGACCCUGAAAGACCGAGGCCCCUGAGAGAGAGCUGGAGAGGGAAAAAGAGAGAAACAAAAGGGCUGGAGGAAAGGAGCAGGAAGGAGGGUCACAGCCAGAGAGAAACGCAGUGGAUUAGAAACUGAGAAGCAGGAACAAGAGGUAGGGAGGGAAUGGAAGGGAAGAUUGGGGAGACAGUCAGGCAGAUAGAAGCCGGAGAUGAGCUGUCAGGUUCCAUUAUUAAUCCCCAUCCUUUACUAUUUAAUAUCCUAAAGACACACACACACACACACUGAGCAGAGCUGCAGCUCCUUGCAAUACCAUCAGAAAGGAGCAAGAAAGGAGCGACUCUAAAGAUCCUCCUAAUGUUAAAGGCGUCUGCUGCAUCCCGAAGGUCCUAAAAUGAUUUCCUUCUCUGCACCGCCUUCUUGUCUCCUACAUUCUGCAGCGUUUUUCCGCGUACCACAAAAAUGAAAGAAAAAUGGAAAAAAAACAAAAAACAAAGGACUGCUGAAAGGCAGUCAUAACAAGAUGUUAGUUUUGCAUUCACAGCAAUUACCUUGUGAACGGUAAUUGCUUUCUCUUGUGAAAAGCAGGCCUUUUAAAAAAGCACCCUAUGUGUCACACCUGAAAGCAUCGACAUCCACGGCAAGAUUGAUCAGGGUACUGAAUUUUCUUGCCGAUAGUGUGGAGGUGAGCUACAUUGGUAAUACAGAAAGGGGUUUUAAAACAGUUAAGAUGACUUGGCAAAAAAGUCAAAAAGCAUGAGUGUGGCUUGCAAGGAGUCUCUCCUGCCUCGGACAGUAUUUGUUUGUUGUUUUCUCUUUGUAUAUGGUAUUACAGUUGUCAAAAAUUUGGCACAAGUAUUCAUUUGAUUGGGUUGUUUUGUAUUUUUAUGAAAUACUACUUCUGUUUGUUAUACUGUAUUUAUAACAGAGCAAUGUAUUGUAUAUAUUUAAGUGUACUCUAUUUUUGUACGUGCCUUGGACUGAAAUGUGAAGAAAAUGCUUCUAUUAAUCCAAACCCGCUGCUCUCACGUGACAGUGGGGCGGAACCUGAUUCUGUACAUCUAGCCUUAUGAACACCUAAAAAUAAAACAUGUUAUUAGUCAAACAUACUCCCGCACACACGCACGCAGACACACACAGACAGGUGCCUGUCAAAACAGGUUGGAAAAGAUGACACACGCGGCACCCACGGCAUAGCAACAGCUUUUGGUGGUUCAUCAUCUCAUGGCCCUUGUCAGUGAUGCUGAGGGGACAUAGCUGAGGCGUGAUUGGCAGGAUAAUAGAGUCACUUUAUAUUCAAACUCAGCCCAUUUGGUUUUUCCCAUAUCUAGGUGGUUUCAUCACUGUCUGUGCGCACUGCCGGCUGUCAACUGCCUCCCUGACAAGUUGAACUAAUGAACCGACACUUGACCCUCUUUACCCUUGAGUUGUUGAACUUUUCUGCUGGGCGUCAAUGACACUAGAGUGCAACUUUAGUUUGCAGUUCACAGAGCCCCUCCACUGUAUUACACACACACACACACACACACUUGGCUGUGCCCCUACCUCUUUUGGCACUGUUGCUGGUUUCACUUGACUGUUCACUCCAUCAAAUAAAUGAGCAGGAGAGACAUUUCAUAACAAA